AUGGGCGUCGAGCAUAAUGGAUACAAAAAGUGGACGACAAGCUUUACAAGCUAUAAAUUAGAUUUAUGGUGGCUGUGGGAUGGUCGUAAGAUCUUGAGGGCACCAAGCCGUCUCAAGCUAGAAAAUAUAGAUUUCUACGGUAACACUGUUGCUUGGGUAACAGCAUCAGGGCAUCUUGCAGUGAUGGAAUUUGACCAGGUUGGCAUAGAAAGAUUUGAGAAGUGGCAGUAUGGAAGAUCAAGGCCUCGAGGGGAUGGUGAAAGGGACCGGCCAUGGGACUCCGUAGAAGGCACCAUUUUCGAUGAGUAUUGA